AGAAGAAAAGAAAAACAAAAUAGAAGAACACAACAUAAAUAGUAGUGUUCCUGUAUGUAAAUCUCAAGUAAACAACAGUGACAGUUAGUAGUCUUCAGACAUGGCCGUUGCCCCAAAUUUCCACUACUUGUACUAACACUAGUCCCAUUUUGCUCUGAAAUCUGAAAUAGUUAGAAAAAUAGAGUGAUGGAGGAAGUGGGUUUUGUAAGAGCAGAUCGUAUAGAUCUGAAGAGCAUAGAUGAGCAGCUACAGAGGCAUUUAAGCAGAGCAUGGACAAUGGAGAAACAGGAAAUAGGGAUGGAAAGUAGAGAGAUCCCAAUUAAACAUGCUUGGGAAAUUGACCCUUCUAAGCUUAUCAUCAAAACUGUCAUUGCUCGUGGUACUUUUGGUACCGUUCAUCGUGGCAUCUAUGAUGGCCUUGAUGUUGCUGUAAAGCUUCUUGAUUGGGGAGAAGAAGGCCAGAGGUCUCAGGCUGAGGUUUCUUCGGUCAGAGCAGCUUUUACACAAGAAGUUUCUGUAUGGCACAAGCUUGAUCAUCCUAAUGUCACAAAAUUUAUAGGAGCUGCAAUGGGCACACCAGAUCUCAACAUACAGACUGAGAAUGGUGUCAUCGGCAUUCCACGUAACCUUUGUUGUGUGGUGGUUGAAUACCUUCCCGGGGGUACUCUCAAGUCUUUUCUCAUCAAGAGCCAUAGGAGGAAGUUGGCCUUCAAAGUUGUGGUCCAACUGGCGCUGGAUCUAGCACGCGGGUUAAACUAUCUUCAUUCUGAGAAGAUAGUCCAUAGGGAUGUCAAAACAGAGAACAUGCUUCUUGACAGGAAUCGUACGCUUAAGAUUGCUGAUUUUGGUGUUGCUCGUGUUGAAGCUUCAAAUCCUAAUGAUAUGACCGGGGAGACUGGAACCCUAGGUUACAUGGCACCUGAGGUUCUUAACGGCAACCCGUAUAACCGGAAGUGUGAUGUAUAUAGCUUUGGCAUUUGCCUCUGGGAGAUAUAUUGCUGUGACAUGCCAUAUCCAGAUCUGAGCUUCUCAGAAGUGACGACAGCUGUUGUCCGACAGAAUUUGAGACCGGAGAUACCUCGUUGUUGCCCAAGUUCUUUGGCAAAUGUGAUGAAGCGGUGUUGGGAUGCUAACGCUGACAAGCGGCCAGAAAUGGAUGAAGUGGUGUCCAUGUUGGAAUCAAUUGACACAUCAAAGGGAGGUGGGAUGAUCCCUGUUGAUCAACGCCAGAGCUGCUUCUGCUUUGGGAGACGCCGAGGUCCUUGAGAAGAGCAUCUCCAGCUAGCAAAAUUGCUAGCAAGUGAGACUUGUAAGUUGUUGGUCCAAUGAAGAGGGAAGGAUAAAAAAAACCAAGGAGCAUAGUUUCAAAAGAAGAUUUAAGAUGUCAAGUUUACAUGAAUUGGAAGUUAAAGUUGGUGAGGUAAAAGAAGCUCUGAUACAUACAUGCAUGCAUUUAUUCGUCAGCUCAUGCAUGUGCAGCUCUAUACCUUUUCAUCUUUGAAAUGAAUUGUCUAAUUAAACACUAUUGACCGGAGGAUGAUUUAAACUUGUUGAAUUCGAUCUUUAAUGUUUUUAGUACUUAGAACUGAACACAUUGUACUUUUAAGGUUAUGAGUUUAGAAUUUAGUAUUUGCUGAGUUUCUUUUACAUGUAUAUCUUUGUUCAGUACUGGGUUUUGGUUGAACUCAAUGUUCAAAAGCUC